GAAAUCACAAUUCGCCAAGAUUCUCGCAGCAGUUUUCUUCUUGGGUGUUGCUUGCCAAUUAGCCUUGGCCGACAUUCCAGUCCACUGCUUGUAUGAAAAUGUUUACGGUACCUGGACUUUCUACAAGACCGAACCAAACUAUGAUAACCAAGUUAUUUAUAAUCAAUGUUCUAUUGAUAAGAAGCAAUUGCCAACAACCAAGCUCGACACUGUUACUAUUAAACUCUCUGAACCAAAUAUUGCCAUCUUGAUGGGUAAACCAACUGUCCGUGGUCAUUUCACUAUGGUUUAUGACCAAGGUAUGGAAAUUAAAGUUGACGGAUUGAAGUACUUUGCAUUCUUCAACUAUACUGAAGCUAAUGUUAACAAUCACACCAUUGUUACUUCUCACUGUGACCAAACCUUUGUUGGUACUUAUCACGAUAACUCUAUUCCAGCUAAGAAGUGGGGUUGUUUCAAGGGAUUCAAGUCAUCAAGCUUCCAAGCUAAGACUGUUCACUCCAUUGACCAUGCUGAAGAAAAGAUUAAGAGAGAUUUUGAACACUCCACCGUCUUUGUUAACAAUGACAGAUAUAUUCAAGCAUUGAAUAAGGCUCAAUCCACAUGGAAGGCUACUGCUCACAAGCAAUUCGAAGGUAUGACCUUUGCUGAAUUGAAGAGAAUUACUGGUUCAUACAGAAGAAGUUAUCAAAAGACUAGAAACUUGAAGAAGCAACAAGCCAAGCUCAGAGCUAUGAAUGCUGAUAAGGUUACCCUUUUCAAUGGUAAGACUGGUCAAUUCGAAUCUCAAGAUGCUGAAAAGUUGAGAGCUUCUCUCCCAACUGAAUUCGAUUGGACUAAUGUUAAUGGACGUGACUUUGUUGUCCCAGUCAGAAAUCAAGAGCAAUGCGGAUCUUGCUACGCUUUCAGUUCAAGUGACAUGUUUGGCAGUAGAGUUAGAAUUCCUUCCAACCUUACUCAAGUCCCAGUUUACUCACCACAAGACAUUGUUGAUUGUUCUGCUUAUUCUCAAGGAUGUGAUGGUGGUUUCCCAUUCCUCGUUGGUAAAUAUGCUAUGGAUUAUGGUCUUACUGUUGAAAGUUGUGACCCAUAUCAAGGACACGAUCUCGGAAAGUGCAGCAAUCAAUGUCCAGUCAAUAGACAACAACGUCUCCAUUCUUCAAACUAUUACUUUGUUGGUGGUUAUUAUGGUAACUCUCACGAAUUGUCCAUGAUGCACGAAAUUUAUCAAAAUGGUCCACUUGCUAUUGGGUUCGAAGUUUAUCCAGAUUUGAGAAACUACAAGCACGGUGUUUACAAGCACGUUACUGCUGAAGAAUUGAAGGCUCAAGGUCUCUCUGAAGAUGAAAUGAUUCCACACUUUGAAGUUGUCAAUCAUGCUGUCUUGAUGGUUGGUUGGGGUGUUGAAAAUGGUACUCCAUAUUGGAAGAUUAAGAACAGUUGGUCAACAACUUGGGGAGACAAUGGUUACUUUAAGAUUUUGAGAGGUUCUGAUGAAUGUGGUGUCGAAAGUGAUGCUGAAGCUGGUAUUCCACUUUUCUAAAUAAUAUAAAUUAUAUAAUUUUUUAAU